AUGGCCAGCGUCAACCCAAGUGCGAAUAUGCCUCGUCUAUACUACCGUGACCAGACUAGCGGCGCGCUGAACUCUAUCAGCACAUCGGAGCAGCUCGAAGACAUUGCGCAAGGCUUCUGGGACAUUAUCACGUACCGCACAUUUCCCCUUCUGCUGGAAAGCAUGUUAUUUGCGCUCUAUACGGCCCUAAUGAUCUUCUACUGUCUGCGGUUCUACAGACGCGACACUCAGCGUGUGUGGGCACUCUUCGCAAUAUCUGCCGGCUUAUAUAUACUCUCGACUCUAGCGUGGGCUCUCGAUGUAUCAACGCUCUGGCUCGAUGCUUAUCAGCUCUUUUCGGGUCGCCUAUUGCAGACAGCAUCCGAUGCGUCAGUAGAUCGGACCAUCGGCAGACUUACUGGUAUCUUCAAGGCGCAUGAUGCAUGUGAGAUCAUCAUCAUAUCUCUCAGUGACAUCGUGUCCUCGUGGAGGGCAUACGUUAUCUACAAUAAACCGAUGUGGCUCAAGAUCGUCUCUGUCGUGGUUGUCUCCUUCUCUACUGGGCUAUACAUUGUCAACGAGACCAUGAUUCACGCUCGCUUCUCGAGCAGUUCCGCGAUGACCGUGACACGCACGUUCUGGGUGCCAUAUUGGGACAUCGACGGGGGAAGGUUGGCAAUCGCUGUCCAGGCCUUGACCAUGUCCGCAACUGCAUCCGCCCAGGUGCUCGCAACGGGACUCAUAGCCCGUAAAGCGUGGAUACAUCGACGACAGCUGAAGGAGCUCGUACCAGAUCGGCACGACUCGCCCAGACAUCAGCGUCUACUGGCCGUUCUGCACAUCAUCACCGAGACUGGCGUCGUGUAUGCAUGCCUGCGCGUGCUCUACGUCCUCGCAAACUUUGGAACGCACAGCGCGAUACUCGGGCAGUCCGCGUACUAUUGGGUGAAUGCCUUCAUGAGCCAGAUAUCGGGAAUGUACCCUACCCUCAUCGUCUUUAUGGUCUCAGUACAGCAGUCAUUCCUUGAGCGCAGUAUCCUGAACGCAUCGUCGGAACUCGGUCGCAUCUCCAUGCGUCUUGCACUCGGUUCAAUCGAUGCUGGAUUUCCUCGUACCGGUUCUGAGUGGUCCACAGACACUGAGCAGUCUCUAUCCGGAUCCGAAGUCCAGGCGUGUGGCGAGUUGCUCGUCUUCCGCAAUGAGCUGUGCAAGAAGACGCCAAGACGACGACUUCGAAUGCUGGACAUGUGGUGUUUGGUUGGGCAGUGGACGUACGAUCGUUUCGUGGACGCCAAGGCUAUCCCGGAGUUCAAAGGUGCAUGGUCGAUGAGCUCGCGACAUCUUGGAGAAGUAGGAUCUGCCACAGGGAUUGGAAUGGUUAGGACUCAAGGACUUUCGUGUUAUGGGAAUUGUACGUAUGCAUCGUCCCUCGCAACUAGCAUCUUCGCAGAAUGA